GGGGCCCGUUUCAGAGCAGUUAUAACUCUGGACAUCGCCGGCACUUUCCUCCAGACUCCCCACCAGCUAGCUCAUUCGCGAUAUAUCACUCGCCAUCCAAGAUCCUAACUGCCUCCCAUAUAUACUGCAAAUCAAGAUCUCGAGACCGGCUUUGUACCACCACACUUGGUACAAUGAUCUCAAUACUUUGUCGCUGUCUCUAGACCUUCCCACUCCCUUCCCCUGUGUGCGCGCUUGAAACCGUCUUGUCUCCCUCCCUGAUCCGACCAAAGGCUCCUUGCUCUUCAUCGCCGUGCUUAAUACCCCUCGCCCGUCAUCCUUGCUCCAGAGCCCUCUCCAUUUAAAUAUCUUUGAAAGGAUUGCACCGCCUGCCAUUUUCGUCACCAAUGUACUUUGCUGACUGCCACGAUGACGGCUGUACUUUCGCCCUCGAAAGAGGUCCGCUCGCGCUUCUCUUCGGAUCCCUUGCGGUGUCCAAUCACUCAGACCUAUUUUCUUGAAGAGUCCGAUAUCUCUAUAUCUAAGUUCAUUGUUCCCGAGUUUCAUCACACCGACUGUACUGAUGUUGUUUCCCCUGCAUCGCGCUCAAACUCUUCGUCCCCAGACUUCACACUCUCAACUGUGAACCAUUACCCCCCGACACCAACCUCUCUUAGCAGCCUGUCGUUAAGUGUGAGCGAAGACCAAGAGGACAGUGAUCUAAUUUUACCAUCCUAUGACUCCAGCCAAUUCGACCAGAAGGAACCAGAACCAGAAACCUUGAGCGAGGCUUCUAUUGACUCAUCGGUUGAUUUUCAACGAUUAACGCAAACGCCCGCGGCUGAUGAUAGUACGAUUGAAGAUGAGCCAUCGAGACACGUCGACUAUUUGUCCCACGAGUGGAGGCAGGAGGAUAUCUGGACUUCAUGGCGCUACGUGGUCGCUCGGAGGAACAUAUACGACAACGGUGUGAGGCUAGAGAAUGCUUCGUGGAGGACGUGGGCAAAGCUUAAACUCAACUUGGGCACAGUAUCUCCGGAGAAUCUUAACUGGCUGAAGGACUGUGACGUGACAUGGUUGUAUGGGCCUUUAAAAACGUGCAACAGGCGAGAGAAGGCGUCGAAUGACUCCCCCCCUCCAAGCCGUCUCGAAACGCCUUCCUUGUAUCCGGAUAGGAAACCCAUCUUGAAAAAGAGAACCGCGUCCGAGACCAUCUUGCAACGCUCUCUAUCCCAGCAUACGCUUUUACAACACGCGGGGGCUAUCCUAAAGGCGCAGGAGGCUGAGACAAAUCGUAAUCGACCCACAUUCCAACGCUGUACGUCGGACAUCGGGCAGGUGCUCGAUAACCCAUCCACUGCACUCAUCGGUGUAUCUGCCCAUGGUACCACCGCCACCGCCACCACCUCAUCGUCUGGCAUCGGAUCACCUAGCGAAAGACGGCACAUUCAUUUCAACAACGAGGUGGUGCAAUGUAUUGCCGUUGAGGCUAAAGAGGAGAGUGAUGAAUGGCCUGCUACUCAUGAUGGCCCGUCGGAGGACGGUGUCGUCAUGAUGAAACACAUUCAUUCCGAGACGUCGAUCAGUGAUAAAAGCAUGUCUCGUGGCGGCUUCAGCAGUGAAAACAAGACUAUUGCUCCGCUCCCUUCUACCACGCUUAAGUAUAAAAGGGACACACCUGAACCGCCCACAAUCUCAAUAAUGGACCGUUGGUCAAGCUACUUCUCGACAUCCAGUCUGCCUUCAUCUGCAUAUGCUAAAUCGAUUCAACCGUCGGCUAAUUUUCUCUUGGACGAAGACGACAAUGACUUGGCUUUUGAUUGGGAACCAAGCCGAGCCUCACGGAGCCCAGUAAAUUCAAGCCAUCCCUGGUUCGUCAAUCCCGAAGAUGACGAAGAGCUUGACCGUUACUAUUCGAUGUCCCCGGGGAUGUCUACUGCUCAUGAAGUCGAGGAACUAUCGAGCUCUACUAUCCUUGACCGUGUGACUGAUACUGUCAAUACGGCCAAAGAUAUUGCGCAUGUGAUAUGGAACGUCGGCUGGCGGCGGUGAUUUCUCUUUGAACGACGUGUGGGUCCACGAAAUCGGGUUCCAUGAUCUCGUGCACUUAAUCUUCAUGAUGAAUUUCUUAUGCAUUUCUCGUAUAACAUA